AUGGACUUAGACACCUUAUCCAACAGCUUUAGCCAUGAUGAUAUUCAAAAGGAGGAUGCUUUUCGAGGUCUCUGUGCAAUGGUGAAAGUGAACACAUCAGUGGAUUUAAGUUCACUUGUUUUCUUAUGUAGAGCCAUUUCUAGUUGGCAUAUGAAAACAGGAUGUGUUGCUCUUGUUUUAUGUUUGAAUAUCAGUGUGGACUCACCUGAUGUUAUAAAGAUUUCACCUUGUGCCAGGAUUAUAAGCAGACUACAGGCAUACCGUGCAUUGAAUAUUCUCAACUGGAUUUUUUGGUAUCUCACACAGCCCCAUUUCAAUGGAUGGAUAUCCUGUUUCUGUGGCUUAAUACAAACAGCUCUUUAUGCUGAUUUCUUCUACUAUUACUUCAUAAGGUUGAGGAUUUGUCAAGAAUGUUCAGACUAUUUUCCAAAAAUACCCCACGGAUUGGAUCCUGUCUCUUGUAUGUUUAAAAAGCAUGUUGUUGCUGAAGGCAUAACCUUGGUCAAACAGGUAGAAGAUGCUGCAAGUAAUAAGAGAUUGCAGGUUGAUCCUGGUACAUGGCCAAUAAUGAUCUUUAGGGUCUGGUAGAAGGAUUGGAGAUUGCAGUUAAGAUUCUAUCUAAGACUUCACGCCAAGGACUUGAUGAAUUUAAGCUAGCAAUGUUUUACUUGAUUUGGACAUGAACCCUAAGAUAUCAUAUUUUGGCAUGGCUAGAAGCCUUGGAGGAAACGAGACUCAAGCAAAAGUAAACACACAGAGAGUUGUUGGCACAUAGUAAGCUAGCUAGAUAAUGCA